AAGGGAGUGUGAGAGAGAGAGAGAGAAAAAAGAGAGUGAGGGAGAGAUGUUUAGUUUAAAUGCGCGGCGCAUACUUCCCGAGCGGUCGGCGUGACUACUUGCGGUUUACUGCAGGGCAACGGAAUGGCAUGAAAUAUCAACGACAGUGAUAAUUCCUAGGUAUCUUUAUCAAACACGGCAGAAAUCUGCGGUAAAUGUGUCUUAUCUCCCGUACCGUGAAGUCUCUCGCUUUUCCCCUUCGGACUGGAGACAUGUAUUGUCUCUAAACGGGUCUCAGUUUUAUACCUGCUACGCUCACCAAGUUUUCGUCUCAGCCACGGGGGAGUUUGUUUUCACAAUCAGUCCGACAGUCCUUCUCUACAGAAGCUGAGUAGCCUAUCCCAUUCACAUCGGCUACCCGCUCGCAACACCUGUGAGGGGUGUCAAAUUGAGCUGCUCUUUCCGCUGUGAUGAUCCCAAGGUGAGCAGAGAAAGCUGACCAGCAUCCUAUUCGGUCUGUCAAUCCCCCAGCCCUCUCCUGGACAUCUGAUUGGAGGAAAAGUCCUGAGUCAGAGGGGAAAGAAAAUGUCCGCCGCUAUGAGCGCAGCGCCCUUCCUGCCCUUCGUCCUCCUCCUGGCCAUGAUACCAGGUCUUCACUCGGUGCAAUCGGACUGCAUCCUGAAGCUAGAGCAGGAGAAAUGCAUGGAGAGGAUCACCUCAGACGACCCCGGAAACGACCCAGAGUUCGGGUGCCCAUGGAUGUGGGAUAACCUGACAUGCUGGCAGCCAGCGAGGGUGGGGGACGUGGUGGAGGUCAACUGCCCCGAGCUCUUCCACGAGUUCCUUAAUGAAGGAGAGGAAGAGCUGGGGACCGUGAGUCGGAACUGUACAGAGUUUGGAUGGACGGAAACCUUUCCCCACUACGUGGACGCCUGUCUCUUUGACGACAACAACAGCACAACAGAUAUGUACUAUGUGUCAGUGAAGGCCUUGUACACGGUUGGGUACAGCACCUCUCUGGUCUCCCUGACAACCGCCAUGGUCAUUCUCUGCAGGUUUAGGAAGCUACACUGCACCAGGAACUUCAUCCACAUGAACCUGUUUGUGUCGUUCAUCCUGAGAGCCAUCUCGGUGUUCAUCAAAGACGGCGUGCUUUACGCCAAGGAGGACAGCGAACACUGCUUCAUACACACUGUGGAGUGUAAGGCAGUGAUGGUGUUCUUUCAUUACUGCGUGCUAUCGAACUACUUCUGGCUGUUCAUAGAGGGCUUGUACCUGUUCACCCUGCUGGUGGAGACCUUCUUCCCAGAAAGGAGAUACUUCUACUGGUACACCAUCAUCGGCUGGGGGACACCCACGGUGUGUGUGACCAUAUGGGCCGUUCUCCGGCUGCACUUUGACGAUAAAGGGUGUUGGGACAUGAAUGACAACUCUGCCAUCUGGUGGAUGAUUAAAGGGCCUGUUCUGGCCUCCAUCAUGAUCAACUUUGUCCUCUUCAUCGGUAUCAUCGUCAUCCUCGUCCAGAAACUGCAGUCUCCAGACAUUGGUGGAAAUGAAUCCAGUAUUUACCUGAGGCUGGCCCGCUCCACUCUGCUGCUCAUCCCUCUGUUUGGGAUCCACUACACGGUGUUCGCCUUCUCCCCUGAAAACGUCAGCAAGAGAGAGAGGCUGGUGUUUGAGCUGGGCCUCGGCUCCUUCCAGGGCUUUGUUGUGGCUGUGCUCUACUGCUUUCUGAACGGAGAGUAUCUCCCUGAAGGUGCAGUCGGAGAUCAAGAGGAAAUGGCGCAGCUGGACGGUGAACCGAUACUUUGCUGUGGACCUGAAGCACCGGCACCCUUCGCUGGCCAGCAGCGGGGUGAACGGGGGGACGCAGCUCUCCAUCCUGAGCAAGAGCAGCUCCCAGAUCCGCAUGUCCAGCCUGCAGGCCGAGACCCCCGCCACCUGAGCCCCCUGGGGGACGCCGGCCCCCCCGCCAGCCACUUCCACACUGGACCCGACACCCCCUCCACCCCCACCACCUCCACCACCAACCUCCCCUCUACCUCCGCCACCAACCUUCCCAUCAACACCCCCACACACGCCCCAGUACUCUCAAACCAUAGUAGCCGCAAUCCUCACCCAGAGCCAAACCCACUGGAUCAAGACCCAACCGGUACAACUGUGCCCAUAGUUUGACCCCCAAACUCAACUGGCACCUCACUCACCGCACAUAAACUAACGUACAACACAUAAACCUCCGAUAGAUUCAAUUUAUCAUGGAAAACAACUACAACAACAGGCUGUCUAACCCAAACAAACCCAAUGUCCUCCAACCCUUCCUGACCUUGAAGCCACCCCAGUAGCUAGCCCCACCAUGCUGGGGUGCAGUUGGGAUUCUGCCCGGUUACAAGCGUUUUACUGCUGGAGCUGCCAGCCAUGUGGGUGGGGCCACACUCUGAAUGUGAACCAAUUGCAGGAGCCAUCUGAAAAAGGAACAGAAAUGUUACCUGCUCUGUACUGUACAUAUAUAGUCUUCAUGUGACACGUAAAUGAAAGUGAAGUGAACUAUUGUGGUGCUGGGACACCAGCCUAGACACAUUCAUCAUGCUAUCAGGCUAUCACCGUGGCGAUGACAGCUCGGACAUCUGCAUGACAGAGUUCUGAAUCUGGAGUGGCAAGAGGUCACAUAACAUUGUGUACGUAAUCGAUCAGCCGACCGAUGAGUUGAUAACAACCGCCUGGUUGAAAGAUUGAGGCCAGGGGUGUAACCCUCGCAAGAACAUGUCCGCAACCAACUUCAACGACUGAAUCAAGCAACUCGGGCCUUCGAACUGAAUAAGUCUCAAAGGUCAGUGAGAAAGACGCACGACUCACCAGGAAAGUGGAAUAAGAAGGCGAACUCUGUAUCACUAGCAGUUUUCUAUGUAAAUUACAGUUCUUGGUAUAGGAGUUUUAAAACGUCAUCCACUUGUUCCAGUAAAAGCUGUGAUUAUUGAGGUGUUCUGAUUGGACGACACCUCACUAGUGCUACUUGCCUCUAUCCUGCCAGAAAUAGGGAUGUUAAGGCAUAUUUCCUUCGGCCAAAGUAACAAGCAUUAUUUACAAGAGAGGCACAGUAUAUUUUCUACCAUUUAACAAAAUGCCAAAAACAUUGAUUACAGUUCGAUGCUUGCCUUAAAGCAUCUUCUAUGGAUGUUUGCAACAGGUAGCCUACAAUGCUAAGGUUUGUCAACUACGACCAUUUGCCUACAAUAGAUCUUGUUAAAUCUCAGCAUUUGGGGUGAUUACCUGAGGUGGGAGUGCUAACAGUUUUAAAACAGCCGCUAGUACAGAAAAUGUCAAUGAGAAAUGACUCAUAAGUGGUAUUAUUAGUCCAAUUUAAUAUGGAAUGGUUUUGCAUGAAUAGGUUGUUUUAUUUAAAAAAGAAUCAACUGGUUCUCGUUCUGUUGUGAUAUCACAUCUGAUGUUCAGGAGGCAUGGCUGUAUUACCUUUCAAUUUCACUUUGCAGUUUGAAAGCAAAGCCUUUUUAGAAGUAUGGGAUGUACAUUGAACAGGAAAUUAAUUUAGAUUAACAGGAAAAAUCCAAACACCUUCUUGAGUAAAUAUCAAUGUCCUAAAUUCAAAGCCCUGAGGUACUGUAAGAUGUUGUAAUGGGGCUUUUUUUUAUCCUUUGUUUGGCUUGAAGUGUUUCUUUUUUAGGUAUAUCUCACGUUCGUCUUGACUCAUGCUUUUUUUCCUCUGUAUCUUAAGAGGAAGCAUGUUGAUAGAGAGGUAGGUUUUUACUUGGGGCUAAUUAUCUCAUUCCAAAGAUGAAUGAUCAACUCCUCACUGAACUUGCACGGCCGUAUCCGUUUGCAAACGCUGAGCCAGCUUUGCAACUGAUGUCACUGCAGAUUUCCACUUUUGGUGUGACUAAAAUAUACUCAGAUUCCCAUGUCCUAUCUUAAUUUAUGUAUCCAAAGUGCCUUUAUGCACAAAAAUAGUAUGUAUGUUCAUGAGAUUUUUUGUGAUUCUCUCAAAAAAUUUACAACACUGCAAAGUAUGUCAAAAAAACAACAACAAAUAAAAACACAAGGUUCAACAAAAGUGCUUUUUAUGAUGGUACGCUAAGUCAAUAUUAUAAACCCGGAGGCCUUCAGAGUACCUUCAUCUCAUUUUUGUUACUGGUCAGAACCACAACCUGCAACCUUGUAUAAUAUAAACAAAAGUUAUUUUCUAGAAUAAUGAUCUCUUAAUGUCACAUGAUAAUGGAUACAAAGAUGCCUUUGACUAAUUUCAGACUUAAGAAUUUUAGACUUUGAGACUUAUUAUUUUGUAUCCAAUCUGGUUGACAGGAUUCUGUCAUUUAAGACAUAAAUUAAUUUGGCACUGGAAAUGAACAAGACCAGGUGAGAUUCCUAUCUAUCAAUACAGAUCAGGAUUUCUUAAUGAUUCUCAUAUGGGCUCCACCAUCCUACACACAAUGUGUGUACAAGGCCACAAUUAAUUUGGUUUGGCCACAUGAUAAUUGAAUAAUUACCUUUAUUAAAUGACACAUACACUAAUUCACAAAACAAACUGAUAAAAACAUAAAUAAAAAUAAAACAAGGUUUUGUCUGUUUAAAUUGUUAUACCGCGUUAAAUGUAGUCAAAUGAUAAAAAAAACAUGUUUUAAACUGUAGACAUUGGGAUAUCCAGUGUUUUAUGAAUAGUUGAUCUAUAAAGUACUCUUAGCAUCUUAUAGAGAACAUUCUAGAGCACACUGCUCCUCUGUUAUGUGAGAAUACAUAUCCUUAACCUAUUUACUGUAAGGACAUUUUCUGUCAGCAAAUAGGUUCAGUGUAUGCAGUCUGUCUUAAGUCUUUCUGCUGUGUGUGUGUGUGUGUGUGUGUGUGUGUGUGUCACAACAAUUGACCACAAGGAGUCCCUGUUUCACCACUUCUGUAGUGUGUAGGAUGGACUGGACAAUCAGAGGACAUGGCCUGAUUCUGUCAUAAAUUGAAUGUUGAAAAGCUUAAAACAGUUCAAGCUGAUGAAUUUAUACCGACCAGCAUGACAAUCCCAAUAUGUCAUGAGCCAAUAUAUUGAAGCAUUUAAGUUAUUAAGUAUACAUAGUGUAAUAUUAAGUGGAGCCUUAUCGCCAGUCUAUGUUGAUGUCAAACUUGAGGUGUCAAAGAUGUCAAACUUUUCUUUUGAAUAUAAAAUAGUAUUCUGCCUAGUUGAAGUGUUAAAACAAUGUGUCGCCUUCUAUUGUGGCUUAUGGUCUAAAUGAAUUUGCAGUUUAAUUGUGUAACGCACAGACAUAAGUUACUUUGGCUGUAUCAUGUAAAUUAUGUUGUCAAUGGUGCAAGUGAAUAGCGGUCAUUAGGAUUUUAGUUGUAUUUACUCUCUUUUUCAUGGAGAGUGUUUGUUUUAAAUGUUAAGCAUAUAUUGUAUUGCUACCUAUAAUCUACUGUUAAAUGAUGCAUGCGUCUUAAAUCGCUCAAUCCCAUUAGCUAUGCUGAGAAAAAUCACAUAGUGUUUUUUGCAGCUGAAGAUAUGACCUUUAGAGAAAUGCUAUCUGUUUCCACCUCUCAGUUGCGGAGUAGAACGUCCAUUCCUUAGAACGCAUUUUAAUGGCAGGAAAAUAAAGCCUCUUUUAACUGUGAAUUAUGUUAUACAAGGGCCAGACCUGAUACAACGGCCUCCUAUUCAGCAGACUGUCGUCAGUGUUAUCUCAAUACCUUCUCAAUGCUUUGUAAAUGCAUUCUCAGUACUUUUCCUUUGAAUGUCAAUUGUGUUGUGGCAUUUGUUUAGAAGAUGAAAAGUUAGUGCCAUAUAUUUCUAUGAGAAAAUAAGAUAUGUAAACACAUAAUCAUUAGUUUCGUACCAUUCACAGAUAGAUGGCAUAACUGCAUAUAUUUCUAUGAGGACAAACAGCCUUUUUUAGUUAUUUUUCCGUGUCAAACCUCCUCUGGAUGGUACUGUACCAGACAGGAAAGUGAUCCAUAAUUUGUUACAGUUACAAAAAUGCAAGGGAUCCUAGAUGAAGCCGUUGUAUUUUUAGUUUUAGUGUGGGACUGUGGGUCCUGACAGAUGUGGAGCGCUCCAGAUGGAGUCAACAGUCUUGUCACUGAUGUAUGAAUGUAACUAAGGACUUAUGGUAUCAUGCUUGUUUUUGAGCGUUGCCUGCUACUAUGUGUUUGUAAAAGUAAUUGGUUUCUUUUGGUUAUUUUUCAUUGUCUUGUUUUGGUGUACAUAUUAGAAGAGUUUUGUACAUUUAUUGAAUUAUCAAAUUAUUAAAUGUUUUGGACUUGUUGACUCAC